AUGUUCGCGAUCGAGAACUCCCAGAAAUAUGUGGAGUCAUCAUUGGGGUGGGCAGGCGAGCGCGGCGAGGAUUCCAGCUAUGACUCGGAGUGCGAAGACGAAGGCGCUCACAGAGCAGCUUCUAGGACGCCUUCAGAUACACUCGCUGCUGAGUUCGCGGAAUACGUUACUCUCACACCUACUCCUGCGCAACCUAAUCAGGCCAAAAUCGAGUUUGCUGUAAAAUUAGGCUACUCUGAACGCCUGGCUAGAACUGCAUUGCAACGGCUAGGGCCAGACCCACCUUGUAACGAGCUGUUGGCCGAAUUAAUAAAACUUGCAGCAAAGCAGCCUCCUCGGGCAUUGUCACCACCACCACCUGCCGAGCCCGAUCCGCCACCAGACAGAGCGCCACUUCGACACAUCGUCAUAGAUGGCAGUAAUGUUGCUAUGAGCCAUGGUAAUAAGGAGGUAUUUUCUUGUCGCGGUAUCGAAAUCUGUGUAGAAUGGUUCCGCGCUCGCGGGCACAAAGAGAUCACAGCGUUCGUUCCUAAAUGGCGAAAGGAGGCGUCGCGACCCACCAACCCGAUCGCGGACCGCGACGCGCUCGAACGACUCGAGCGUGACCGUGUGCUUGUAUACACGCCGAGCCGCCUGCUCGGCGGCAAACGGCUCGUAUGUUACGACGAUAGGUACAUCCUACGCCUCGCCGCUGAGACCGACGGGAUAGUCGUUUCUAACGACAACUACCGCGAUCUAGCCAUCGAGAACCCUGACUUUCGGAAGGUAGUCGAAGAAAGACUGCUCAUGUACUCUUUCGUGAACGACCGGUUCAUGCCGCCUGACGACCCUCUCGGUCGGUCCGGCCCGACACUCGACGCAUUCCUUAGAGCACCGGCUUCACGGACGGACCCACCGCCCGCGUGUCCGUACGGUAGGAAGUGCACUUACGGUAACAAGUGCAAAUUCCAUCACCCGGAACGAGCCGGUCGCCCCCACAAAUCCGUCGCUGAGAAACUAUCAGAGCGCGCCGCGCGAACUCUUCGCGCCCGCGACUUGCACACCGUCAGCCUGCCGCCAGGCGGCCGGCCGUCAGACGUCAAGAAGCCGUUGACGCGAGCCCAUUCCGCUGCGCCGAGACUCGCCGACGCGACCCUCGCGUCGCACUUCGACCGCGCUCAGCUGCAAGUCGCCGGUCCAUCGCAACCGUCACUCACGCCGCCAGAAGUCAAUCCUCAUCGUAAGCUGGCCCGACAGCUGACCCUCAACCCGGCGUGCGACCCGAGGCUGCACGCCAUGGCGGCGCGCGUGGCCAGCGCGCCGGGCGGCGCGGCGGCGGCGGCCGGCGCGCGCCUGCAGCUGUCGCCCUGCACGUCGGACGGCGCUCUGCAGCACUGGGACGCGCGGCGCCGCAUGCACUACCACCUGGCGGGCAUUUUCCCCGAGGCGCAGGUAGCUGAGGCCAUGGCGGCGUACCCGGAGGAGACGGACGCGCAGACGAUGUGCGCGAUCAUCCUGGCGCGCUACCGCCCCAGUGAGGCGCGCGUGCCGCGCUGA